AUGUUCUGUCUACCGAACGAGGUCCUUUUAUCAACUUUAAGGAACCAGUUUCCUGGCCGCCAAGAGCAAAUACUAGCUCUUUCCUCCCUCGUCGCUAUCAGGGCAGCUCCAUGCCGAAAUGUUGUACUCUAUGGUCUUCAUGCAACGGGUAAAACUGCAAUCACUCGCGCAAUUCUAGAGAAAUUAAGCUCACCUCCCACCCAACAAAACGGCACCCAAAAUGAGCAUCUCGAUGACAACGAGGAUGAGUUGCGAUACGCUAUUAUAAAGAGCGCAGAAUGCAUCACAGCCAGACAUCUAUUAGAGCAAACGAUUGCAUCAGUGGCCAAAGCUACCGAGUGGGAGGGAGAGUUGUCAGCUUGUCCAAAUGUAGCCCAUCUAGUUGUUGAAGUUGGGAAAAUGAUUAAUAAGUGGACCGAUUCAGACGAUGAUAGAUCCCGACGGCGACUAGUAUUGGUUUUUGAUGGUAUAGAUCAUCAGAGGGAAAUAACGCCAACAUUUCUUCCCGCCCUGGGGAGAAUGGGUGAAAUCAUAUCAAAUCUUACGAUCGUUUACAUCGUCACUGCUCCACGGCCAAAUUUCCUGCAUCUUCAUGGAGUCCCCCAUAUCCACUUCCCAUCUUACACCAAAGCAGAACUGCUUCAGAUAAUCUCAACUAUAACACCCAACCCGGAACUCCCCAGCGGUCCAGAAGACACCAAAAGCGUAUGGACCAAAUUCUGUCCCGCAAUCUACGACACCCUCAACAAACACUCCGGCCGCGACAUCGUCUCCUUCCGGAGCACAUGUCUCCUCCUCUGGCCCAAAUUCAUCCAACCAAUCCUCGACGGGACAUACUACCCCACGCCCUUCUCCCGCCUCCUCGUCGCAAACCGCACCCUCUUCCAAAACGACAGCAUCCUCCUCCCCUCCAUCAUCGCCCUAGCACCCAAUCCCACAACCAACACCACAACCACCAAACUCCCAGCCCUGGCAACCCAACUCCCCUUCCACACCCGUCUCCUCCUAAUUGCCUCCUACCUCGCCUCCUUCAACCCGCCCAAAACAGACAUGACGCAUUUCAUGAAAUCCGCUAUCGCACGGCGCCGAAAAAAAGGCGGCGGGACUGCAUUAACCCGCAAAUCGGCGCCCAAACACAGGAAGAUCUCGCGGAAAUUACUGGGCGCGCAGACGUUCGUGCUCGACAGGAUGCUUGCAAUUUUCAGCUGUUUGAAGGAAGACGCGUAUGUGUCUGCGUAUAAUAGGAAGAGGGGGAUGCGGAGGACGGGGGAGAGGGAAGAUGUGAGUGGGAGCGCGGAUAUACAGACUGCAAUUGCUACGUUGGCGAGUUUGAGGUUGUUGGUGAAGAUGGGGGCUGCGAAUGCGGUGGAUUAUCUUGAUGGUGGGUGUAAGUAUCGGGUUGCGGUUGGGUGGGAUGUCGUAAGGGGUAUUGGGAGGAGUGUGGGUCUUGAGGUUGAGGAUUAUCUUGCUGAAUAG